AUGGAAGUUGCGAAAUUCGAAAGGCGACAAAAAGAUAACACUGUGUUAAAUCCCGACGAAAAUGGUCGAUAUUAUGAAGGUGAUAUUGUUUUGGAUGCACAACAAGCACAUGAGAUUUAUGAGAGAAUGCUACAACAUGGAAAACGUACAAAACGGAAAUUUAUUCGUUCCGAAUUACGUCGAUGGGAUUCUCAUAAACCGAUCAUUUACAGUUUCGAUGGAUCACAUACUGCACGUGAGCAACGGGUAAUUGAAUUGGCGCUUGAACAUUGGCACAAUAUAACAUGUUUGAAUUUUGAACGCAGAGAUAAUGAGAUUCAAGAAAACCGAAUCGUCUUUACGGAUGUGGAUGGAUGUGCUUCCAAUGUUGGUAGGCACCCACUUGGCGAGCCACAAUUUGUCUCACUGGCACCGGAAUGCAUCCGAUUAGGAGUGAUAGCACAUGAAGUGGCGCAUGCAUUGGGUUUUUGGCAUGAGCAAUCGCGACCUGAUCGUGAUAACUAUGUUACCGUUCGCUGGGAAAAUAUCGAUCGUGAUAGUAAGGGACAGUUUCUAAAAGAAAUGCCAGUUGAUGUGGAUAACGGUGGUGUACCCUAUGAUUACGGUAGUAUUAUGCAUUACAGGAGUAAGGCAUUCGGUAGAUAUGACGAUUUGUUUACAUUGAAUACAAACAUUGUGGAUUAUCAAAAGACCAUUGGACAGCGAGAUCAAUUAUCAUUCAAUGAUAUCCGUCUCAUGAAUGUGAUCUAUUGUAGCGAUUCAUGUGCAAAGAAAUUACCCUGUCAACGUGGAGGUUACACGGAUCCAAGACGAUGUGGACGAUGUCGUUGUCCAGAUGGAUUCACUGGAAAACUUUGUGAACGGGUAAUGCCAGGAUUUGGAGCAGAUUGUGGUGGCCGUAUGGAAUUGACAACAAGUUGGAAGCGUAUAACAAGCCCAAACUAUCCCAGAGAUUUUAAAGAGGGACAGGAAUGUAGUUGGCUUUUGGUAGCUCCACCUGGUCAACGUGUACAGUUACGCUUCUAUGGUGAAUUCGAGAUGUACUGCAAGGUGCGCCAUUCACUCUGCAUGGAUUAUAUCGAAAUACGCAAUUCAACCGAUUUCGCUAAUACCGGAAUGAGAUAUUGUUGCUAUGGAACGCCGCAAUCAACGAUUAUGUCAGCUACUGAGGACAUGUUGGUGCUAUUCCGAUCAUUCUACCGCGGUGGCAAAGGUUUCCAGGCGCAGGUACGCGCCCUACCAACAACUGGUUCGUUCUUGGCGCGGUCCGAGUGGUAUGCGUGCAAAGCAUCGUGUGACGCCUGCGGUAUCAGGCACUAUCGACGAAUCUGUGUCGAUGUGUUGAACAAUCGGACAAUGAGGUCUACAAAUAAGCCCGAUGCAAAUGUGAACAAACACACUAAAGGAGAUUCCUAA